AAGCGGUUUCGCCCUGUACUCAUCAUUGAUAGUCCGAAAACUCAGCCCGGGUGCAAGCACGCAGCUCGUGCUGCGCCAUCUGCGUGCCCAGCAGCGCCAAACGGCUCAUCUAGGUCACACAGGUGCCAUCAUGCAGUCGUUGGCUCAGAAGACCGGGACUCGGGCGUCGGGAUGGGCUUCCGCUCCCACCCGUCGCUGUGUGUGCGUGCGUGCCUCCGCGGAGCGCUCGCGGCACUCUAGUUCUGCGUCAGCAGAGGAGGCCACCACGCGGCGUGCCCUGCUGGCGGGAGCCGUGAGCCUCGCCGCGGCAGGUGCGGUCCAGGCGCCCCCCGCCCAGGCCCUGGAGUACACCACGGACCCCCUGAACUACAAGAAGGAGCUAGCGCGGCGCCGGCGGAAGAUCCCCGAGGAGGACUUCAAGGAGGGCGAGCGGGGCAUCAAGUACUAUGACAUCACGGAGGGCGGGGGCGCGGAGGCGAGGGUCGGCGAGCGCGUGGCGGUUCACUAUGACGUGAAAUGGCGCAACAUCACAUUCAUGACCAGCCGCCAAGGGAUGGGCGUCACAGGCGGCACGCCGCUGGGCUUCAACGUGGGUCAGCCGGCGGGCGAGGCGGGCGGCACCCUACCCGGCCUUGACGUGGGCGUGCGCGGCAUGCGCGUGGGCGGCCUGCGCCGCUGCCUCGUGCCUCCCGAGCUGGGCUACGGCAACCUGCAGGUGGGCGAGAUCCCGCCCAACUCCACCAUCACCAUCGACAUCGAGCUGCUCAGCAUCAAGACCAACCCACUCGGCUACCGCACCAAGCUGGUGGAGGGUUAAGGACCUGCUUUCGUGCAAAAUGGUUGUCGUUCAAUUGCUCCGUGGCUGUUUACAGUGGGAGGCGGUUGCAUUCUUGUUGCUCGAAAAGUCGAAAAGGGCAGAUCGAUCGGGCCGUACGGCUGUGAGGUGUUGAUGGUUGGGAUGUCCGUGUUGUAGGUUGCUGGUGUGGUUGCUGGGUGGCCAGAUGGUUUCGUAAUAAAUUUGCAGUUACAGAGCGUGAGGAUUGAGGACUGUGCCUUCGGAGUUGACCUAUCACCACGAGCGGCCAAACGGCCGGUAGGCAUGCAUGCGGUGGGAUUUCUGCCAGUGGGUUGGUACCGUAUGCGGCAUGGCGUGAUUACGUGAUCUCUCAACAUCGUACAGAAUAGCGUAUCGGGACAUUCGGCAGUGGGGUCGUGGGGAGCUCUCAAAUUGAUCGGCAUACGGUCGGGCCGCACUCGGGGAAUCUGAGUGAUCACGACCUGGUGGGGUCCCUGUGGUCCCUUCCUCGCAUGUUGGCAUUGCCGCCUGGAACGCGUACGGGCACCACAUUACUA